AUGGGAAGCUGUGAGUUGCUUUACCAUGCCGUGUUGAGAAAUGGUGGCAAUUUAAGGAGGGUGAAUUUCUAUGAGACAUUUGAGAAGAAAAUAAAUGAGAAACGUGCUCUGUUGAGAGAAAGCGGACGUGGACUUGUUGUUUCUUGGGCUCUGUGUGCUGUGUGUAUCGUCGGCCAUCUAUCUCAUUUUUUUGGAGCCAAGGCUGCAUGGAUCCAUGCAUUGCAUUCCACAGGAUUCCACAUGUCUUUGUCCCUUUUUACGUUGUUGGGCCCUGGCCGUCGACUUAUAAUAGACGGUCUUAAAAGUCUUCUUAGAGGGGCCCCUAACAUGAAUACACUAGUUGGUCUUGGGGCUUUAUCAUCCUUUGCUGUCAGUUCCUUGGCAGCCUUUAUCCCUAAACUGGGAUGGAGAACUUUCUUCGAAGAACCAGUUAUGUUGAUAGCAUUCGUCUUACUUGGGAGAAACCUUGAACAGAGGGCCAAGAUAAGAGCAAGCAGUGAUAUGACUGGUCUUCUAAGUAUUUUACCAUCUAAAGCUCGUCUUCUGAUUAAUGGCAAUGCAGAAGACUCGAGCUCAACUGUCGAAGUGCCUUCUCACAGCCUUUCUGUGGGAGAUCAAAUCAUUGUGUUGCCUGGUGAUCGUAUACCAGCUGACGGAGUUGUUAGGGCAGGCAGAAGCAGCGUCGAUGAGUCAAGUUUUACUGGAGAGCCUCUACCUGUCACUAAAUUACCGGGGGCUGACGUGGCAGCUGGAAGCAUAAACCUGAACGGUAAAAUUACAAUAGAGGUUAGGAGACCAGGUGGUGAGACUGCAAUUGGAGACAUAGUCCGGCUGGUUGAAGAAGCUCAAACUAGAGAAGCUCCUGUUCAACGGUUAGCUGACAAGGUUGCCGGACACUUUACGUAUGGAGUAAUGGCACUUUCUGCCGCCACAUUUGUGUUCUGGAAUCUUUAUGGUUCGCGCAUUCUUCCAGCUGCUCUUUACCAAGGAAAUUCCAUGUCACUGGCAUUACAGCUUUCAUGUAGUGUUCUGGUUGUUGCAUGUCCAUGUGCGCUUGGGCUAGCAACACCGACAGCUGUGCUGGUAGGAACUUCACUUGGUGCUAAAAGAGGAUUACUAUUGCGUGGUGGAAGUAUCUUGGAAAAAUUUUCAGCAGUCAAUACCAUUGUUUUCGACAAAACGGGCACGUUAACUAUGGGAAAGCCUGCUGUGACAAAAGUAGUGAUACAAGACCACCAAGAAGAUACAAAUUCAGAACUAGAUUCGAAGUCAACUCAUAAGUGGUCUGAAGUUGAAGUUCUGAAAUUAGCCGCUGGAGUAGAGUCGAGUACAAUCCAUCCAAUUGGUAAAGCAAUUGUUGAGGCUGCAAAAACUUUAAAGUGUCCAAAUGUGAAGGCAGUAGAAGGAACAUUCACUGAGGAACCUGGUUCUGGUGCGGUGGCAACUAUUGAUGAAAAAAAGGUCGCUGUUGGCACACUUGACUGGGUCCAAAGGCAUGGAGUAGUUGGUGGCAGUCCAUUCCAUGAAAUCGAAGAGUUUAAAAAUCAAUCAGUUGUUUAUGUUGGAGUAGAUGGUAGUCUUGCCGGGGUUAUAUAUGUCGAGGAUCAAAUCAGAGAAGAUGCCCCACAAGUCAUUGAAUCAUUGACCCGUCAAGGAAUUAGUACAUAUUUGCUUUCUGGUGAUAAAAGAAGUGCUGCUGAAUAUGUUGCAUCUGCUGUGGGGAUCCCAAAGGAAAGGGUGCUGUAUGGAGUCAAACCUGACGAGAAAAAGAAGUUCAUUAGUAGACUUCAGGAGGGUCCGAAUAUUGUAGCUAUGGUUGGUGAUGGAAUCAAUGAUGCAGCUGCCUUGGCUUCAUCACAUGUUGGAGUUGCUAUUGGGGGAGGUGUUGGUGCGGCUAGUGAGGUGUCCUCAAUCGUGCUAAUGCAGAAUAGGUUGUCCCAGUUGCUAGACGCCCUGGAGCUGAGUAGACUUACCAUGAAAACUGUGAAGCAAAAUCUUUGGUGGGCCUUUGCUUACAACAUCAUUGGUAUUCCGGUAGCAGCUGGAACUUUGCUGCCUGUGACCGGGACAAUGCUGUCGCCCUCAAUUGCCGGUGCACUUAUGGGUUUGAGCUCCAUUGGUGUGAUGACAAAUUCGUUGCUUUUGAGACUGAAGUUCACUAUGGUACAGAAGAAUACAGUUGAAAAAUCAUUGUACGGUAAAGUCCCUUCAGACAUUGAGAAUCCCGGGAAUGAAAACAAUGAAUUGAUGGUUCAUAAAGCCUUUCAGCAUUCAAAUGAUGGAGCCACCAAAUAA